AUGGGCUCGCAAGUGAGCAAAGUAGAAGAUACUGUUCAUGAACUGUAUAGAAAGACAUGGCCAGAAGCUUGGUAUUUGACUCCGUCAUUUCUUGCAUCACUGGGCGCUUUAGGUUAUGUUGGAUAUGCAUUGUCCAAAGGCAAACCUGUUGCAUCCUCACCCAAUGUUUCAUUUUUACAUUUGAUUGGUGUUUCCGGUGGAUUUGGUGUUAGUUUUUGGAUAACAACUGUUCAUGGUCGUGCUGUUCAACGUAUGUUAACACGUGAUGAAUUCGCAACAGUACAAUCGCAUCUAUCAAAUGUUUACUUUUCGUCAACAGCUAUUCUGGCUAGUUUAAGUUUAGGAACAUUUUUGCUUCGUCAUCCAUUUAAGGCAUGGUCAAGAGAAUCAAACAAAAUGGGCAUGGCAUUAAUCGCAGCUUUAGUUGCAGCUGAAUUAAACAGUAUUUUUCUUAAUCCAUUGGUGACAAAUUUAAUGUUUGAUCGAAAUAAUAUUGAAUUUUUACAAGGAGCUAAGUCGACUGAGGAUAUUGAACGAUUGACUCGUAAUGAUCCAAAAUAUCGUGUUGUUAGCAAUAAAUUUAAUUUAUUUCAUUCAAUAUCGAUGGUUUCAGGCUUUGUUUAUCAUGGUAUUCAAUGGUAUCAUCUAUUCUAUCUUGCGGAUCGUUGUAUUGUGCUGUGA